AACCUACAAGGUAGCGUACAUGUACAGUACUGUAGGGUUACUCCGUACUGCCAGGAAAAGAUCCCGCCCCCCCACAGCUCCAAGCAUGCCUUAUCACAGACCUCGGUCGAUGCUGCCGCCACAUCUGACCCUUGAGCAAAUCACCCGUGAGCGUCGACAUCGUUGGGACGAUCAACCUUGUGCUUGCUCAGAUGAUAUAUCGCCAAUCCGUUGCCUUGAAGUCAAUUCCGACCACGACGCAGUGGCUGCGCCAAUCAAUUCUCUCAGUCACCCAACAAGGCAAGACAUUCGGAGUCAGGUUAGAUUCGAGUCCUAUCUACGGACAGCAGAGUCUCGUCCGAGAACCAAUCCCUUCCGACCAGUGCUAUAAUACAUGAUCAGGUUAGGCACUUGGCGCUCUUCCUUCCAUGCAGUCACUUCGGUCGAUCCUUGGGGAUGAGCCUAAUUCUUGUAUGUUCG